GCACCCUGGCGAAGAUGCCGCCGCCAAACGGGCCGAGGGAGCCGCGGGGGCGCGUGGGCCGCCCUCGCAGGGGCCAGCCGCGGUUGAGCCCAAAUCCGUCCCGCCGGCGAGCGAGCCGAGGCGCGCGUCCCCAGGCCGCCCUCAGAGUAUCCGCGCUCGGCUCCGCCUCGCCGCCGCGCCGCCGACACGCCUCGCCCGGCGCUCCUCUGCUGCGCCGCAGAAAGAAGCCGCCGCCACCUGCACCGGGCUGGGGCCCGCGAGGCCGGCGACGACAAAAGGGCGCCUCCGCCAGCGCCCCCCAGCGGCAGACGGGCCCAACGGCAGGCGGCGCGCCGACCCCCGCCCGACCCCCGCCCGGCGCUCCGGCCGCAGCAAGGGGAGGGCCCAGCGACGCCCGCUGCCCAGGUGCUCCCCGCGCGGCGGGCCCGGAGGGGCGUUUCGGCCCCGCUUUGACGGCGGAAAGGCUCCCCAGAAACCGGUCCGCCGCGCAGGCAGCCGAGCGCCCCGUCCUCCCCGGCUGCGGGUCCGCGAAAGCCUCGCUGCUCGGCCCGCGGCUCCAGGCGGCGCAUCCGGAGCCCGAGCCGCCUCGGGGCUUCGCCGGCCGGGAGCGCCCGCUGCUUCGCCCGGCCAGGCACGGGCCGGUGCUCCGCUCGCCCAGAUCGGCUGUCCGCUGGGCGAGCACGGCGGGCGACGCGGUUCUGGGCAGCCGGGGGGGGGGCUCAAGGGCCGCCGGCCGGGUGGGGCCCGCAGGAGCCCGCCGGGACCUGGCUCGGGAGCCCCGCAGGGCGGGGCGGGAGGAGAAGUUCCCCGAGGCCGUUAGACCCAGAGCGGCUGCCUCUCGUCACGGCCAGCGCUGGCCUCCAGCCGGCUCUGCCGCCGCCGUCGCCGCCGCCCUGCCCGACCGGGUGAGGGGCAGUUGCGGCCCCGGGGGGGGGGACGGCCCCCCUCCUCCUCCUCCUCCCCCCCUCCGUUCGGCUGUAAAGGCGUCCCCCGCUUCCUGGCUUUUUCCUCCUGCUGCUGCUGCUGCCUCCCUGCAGGGCUCAGUACGAAGAAUAACAACAGAGUUGGAAGAGAUGGUGGAGGUCUUCUCGUCCAAGAUCUUCUUGGAACCCAGAGUUUGUCUUCUGGGGUGUUGGCUAUUCCUGCCAGUUUAGUGUCAUCUGCAAAUUUUUAGGCUCUCCAGUGUUCAGGUGGAGGCUAGACGGGCAUCUAUUUGGGAUUCUUGCAUUAAAUGGCUCCUUCCGAACUCUACAGUUCUGUUAUUUGGAAGGCAAUAAAAUAAUUAGAAGUAGCAUUUGAAGCAAGAGUAAAGGCAUUGUAUUCUUCAGCCAUCUAUCAUCAAUGUUAGCUCUAGUGGUUAAGGCACCCGGUUAGAAACCUAGGGGAUUGUGAGUUCUAGUCGUGUACUUAGUCCUGCCUUGUUCACUCAGGCUUCCAUCCCUCUGUGGUCAGUAAAAUGAGGACCCAGAUUGUGGGGGUAAAUGCUAACUCUGUAAAUGCUCAGAGAGUGUGUAAAGCACUUUGAAGUCUUAAGUGCUAUUGCUGUUGCCUUAGGCAUGAAAGCCAACUGGGUAACUUUGAGCCAGUCACACUUCCUCAACCCAACCUGCCUCACAGGUUGGGGGAAAUAGGAGGAGGAAGGAGUAUUAGGGGUGUUCGCCAUCUUUCCCCAUUGCUCAUGACAGGCUCCCCUCUCCCCGGCAGAAAAUGGGUUUACUGAGUUAAGCUUUGCUGCCCUAAUCAAUGAUUUGCUGCCAACGGUGGGAUCCUAAUUAGGUGCAGCUAGAUGGUUGGGUAAAUCUUGGACUUUGUUGUCUCCCCAAAAUUUAACCAGCCAGUAAACACAGGAGAGAAGCAGAAGUAGGGAAUUUUUAAAGACUAUGAACAUCUUGAUAUGAGGGAAUGAACUCAUAGGUAUUUCUGUAAAUUGAAAGCUUUUCCAGCCUCAAUGAAUUUUUUUCCAGUGAUUUUUACACAUACAAAACAAGAAUACUUAGUGUGGCUCUUUUAUUAACUUUUAAACCUAAGAUGUGCUGAUGAAGGAAGAAACAUAAAAGAAAUAGAAGAGGGUACUUAAAAGUGCUCAGUGUGAUGAAAAGAUCUUCUCUUCAUUCAUAAAUGGGUCUCUGAAAGACAAUGUAUAAACAUGGGUUAAUCUUUUGGAUAUAGCUAGCUAUGACAAAAAAAUUCUGACUGCUCUACUGAGUAAAAAAAUAAAAUAAAAUAAAAUAUACCACGGGUAUAAACAGAAAAAAUAUGACAUAAAGUAAAUUGUUUUAUUCUAUCCAGAAAGGUGGGACCAUAUAAGUAGCAGCACAGAUAAAAAAAAAAAACCCACAAAGUUGUCAAAGCUAUUUGUUUAAAUUUGUUCUUUAAAAGCCUUGAAUAGAUUAAAAAUUGCCAAAAGAAUCUACAAGGCAAAGAGGAAUUUUCUCUACAGCCAUUCUUGGCAUCAUUAAAAGGGAAGGGAAAUACCACAGUUGAGUAACAAUGCCCUUAUUUUAAUCUCCUGAGACCACAGUGGUCACUGCAUCCUAAGAAGAACUGAAGAGCUCAGAAUGGUGCAAAAAGGAACAGCCAAGUGUGUGUGUAAGCAGCUGCCUGCAUUGGGGCUGAAGUUCAGAUGGCAGACACAGACAGGCACUCAGGAUCAUGCCUGUCGGAGACCACAAAGGCUGAAAGUAGCUCUCCUCCCUUUCUCACAAUCUGAGAUCUUGGGGUCAACUAAAAUUAAGCGCAGGGGGGUUCAGAGGGAAAUGGUUUUUCUCACACAGCGUGUAGUGAAACCAUGAAAUCAGUUCCCAGGAGUUGUGAGAAUGGCGGGCCCAAGGACAACCCUGUAGGCAGGGAGGCUCUCAAUGACUGUGGAGGGAAAGGAUGUGGAUUUAUUCUUUGUGGUGCCAGAUGGUGGGACAUCUCCAAACGUGAAAUAAAGGAGAAAUUUCCGGACCACGGGAGCUAUGAGUCCCUCACUGAACGGUCCUGGUAGGCACCUUUUGUCUGGGAUGGGCUGAAGAUUCGUCCCCUGGUCAGAGGCUCCCUCCUUCUUGAUUUUGAAGAUCUGCAAGGUGCCCCCCAAAUCUGGGAUUCUAUAGGUUAGAGCUUUGUGCUGGCAAUUGCAAUGAUGGUAAUAAAGACUGGUUUGAGUUGCCCUUUGACCCCAGGCUUGUGCUUCAUUGCCUGGGCUCACCUAGUUAACAGGCUCCAAUCAGUUAACAGGAAACACAUUUUCCUCUUGUACACCCAUCUAU